GAGCGUAGUCUGAGGAUGACAGUGGUAAAAAGACAGGCCCAGUCCCCAGCGGGGGUUUCCAGUGAGGUGGAAGUCCUCAAGGCCCUCAAGUCUCUGUUUGAGCACCACAAGGCCCUGGAUGAGAAGGUUCGAGAGCGGCUCCGUGUAGCCCUUGAGAGGGUGUCCAUGUUAGAGGAUCAACUUGCAGCGUCUUCUCAAGAGGUAAUCUCUUUAAAAGACCAAAUUAAAAGACGUCAACAAGGGGUGGACGGCGGGAAAGAUCGACUACCCAAUGGCCCCUCCUCUGGCCUGGAGGACAGUGAGCUCGAAAGACAGAGAGAAGGAGAGAUAGAGCGGCAGAGAGCUGAACUCUCCCAGCUGAGGGAAAGGCUGGCCCUCAUGUGCCGACAGGUUGGGGAAAUAGAGGAACAGCUUGCAGCCGCCAGGAGGGAGGUGACGAAGUCAGAAGAGGCCAAUCAGAAGCUCCAAAGGGAAGUGAAAGAGGCCCUUUGUCAAAGGGAGGACAUGGAAGAAAGGAUUACAACACUAGAACGCAGGUACCUCAGCGCCCAGAGGGAGGCGACUUCUCUCCAUGAUAUCAAAGACAAGCUGGAAAAUGAGCUGGCCAGCAAGGAGUCCCUGCACAGACAGAGUGAAGAGAAGAACAGACAGCUACAGGAACGUCUGGAUGAAGCAAAGCAGAAGCUCCAGCAGACCCUACAGAGGGCAGAGACACUGCCUGAGAUUGAGGCCCAGCUUGCCCAAAGAGUUGCUGCUCUCAACAAGGCAGAGGAGCGCCACGGAAAUUUUGAGGAGCGACUACGGCAAAUGGAGGCCCAACUUGAGGAGAAGAACCAAGAGCUACAGAGGGCGAGGCAGAGGGAGAAGAUGAACGAUGAACACAACAAACGGCUCUCAGAUACGGUGGACAAGCUUCUUUCAGAGUCCAAUGAGAGACUGCAGCUCCACCUCAAAGAAAGGAUGGCAGCGCUAGAGGAGAAGAAUGCUCUUUCAGAGGAACUGUCCAAUAUGAAGAAAAUCCAAGAUGAUCUAAUAGCUAAUAAGGAGCAGCUCCUUGCUGAGCUGGAGCGAAUCCAACUGGAGCUGGAUCAGCUGAGAGGCCGGCCUGGCUCUUCUUAUUCCAGGGCGGGCAGCGUGAGCUCCCUUCCCUCCACCCUUUUUCGGCGAUCCCUUCCAGGGAGCGCAUCGGAGCUACGGUACCCCCAGGGUGGUGGCUCACUCCCAGCUGGCUACAGCACUUCCUCUGGUGGGGUCGUGGUCAGGCGGGCACACCGUGGCCGGUGGGGGCCUGCGAGAGAUGAUAGUAACAAGUAUGGAGAGUGGGACAGUAGCACUAUGCUGGGUCCUGGGUAUGAGGUUGGUGUGGAGGGAGGCUGCUCUGAUGACGAGGAUGACAGAGAGACUCUGUUUGGAUCAGAGCUUCUCUCUCCCAGCGGACAGACAGAUGUACAGACUCUGGCCAUCAUGCUACAGGAGCAAUUGGAGGCCAUCAACAAGGAGAUUAAGCUGAUUCAGGAGGAGAAGGAAAGCACAGAGCUAAGGGCGGAGGAGAUUGAGAGUCGGGUCAGCAGCGUGGCCCUCGAUGCAUCACCUCUUCCGCCAUCCUCGCUUGGAGGACGCGACAGCGUUGGGAGGGGCUACAUGACUCCCUCCAUCACCUCCUCCACAUUGGCAUCUCCCUCACCACCAAGUUCUGGACAUUCCACCCCCCGCCUGCCACAUUCUCCUGCAAGGGAGACAGACAGACAGAAUAGCAAAGAUGGUGAGGAGUGCCGAGCCCUUGCCCUGAUUGACUCCACACCUCCCCCUGUUCCCCGAGCCCUGCGAUUAGACCGAAUGACGCACACUCACCCAGGGGCAGGUCUCGAUGACCACCGUGAAUUUCGCAGUCUCUCUGCUGAUGGGUCCACCACUGCUAGCCAGGAUUCCCUGCACAAAGCCAGCAAAAAGAAAAGCAUUAAGUCAUCAAUUGGUCGUCUCUUUGGCAAAAAGGAGAAAGGAAGGAUUGGUGCACCUGGGCGCGAAUCUGUCUCACUGGCCUCCACACCUUCAGAUGAUCUGGGUUCAGCAGACCCAUUAGGCCUGGCUAAACUCGGGACUGGAACAGUUGAGAAAGACCGCCGCAGCAAAAAGAAGCAUGACCUGUUAGAGGAAGCCUGUCGUCAGGGUCUGCCUUUCGCCUCAUGGGAUGGUCCUACUGUUGUUACAUGGCUUGAGCUGUGGGUUGGGAUGCCAGCAUGGUAUGUUGCAGCGUGUCGUGCCAACGUGAAGAGUGGUGCAAUUAUGGCCAACCUGUCAGACACAGAAAUCCAGAGGGAGAUCGGCAUAAGCAACCCUCUACACAGGCUCAAACUCCGCCUGGCUAUCCAGGAAAUGGUCUCCCUCACUAGUCCAUCUGCACCUGCGAGCACGCGCUCUUCGACCAGUAAUAUUUGGAUGACACAUGCUGAGAUGGAGUCUCUCACUGCUGCCACCAAGCCAGAGCAGAAGGAGUUCAGCUGGGACCAGAUCCUGGCUUAUGGAGACAUGAACCAUGAGUGGGUGGGAAAUGAGUGGCUGCCCAGCCUGGGUCUGCCCCAGUACCGCUCCUACUUCAUGGAGUCACUGGUGGACGCCCGCAUGCUCGAUCACCUCACCAAGAAAGAACUGAGGGGGCAGCUGAAGAUGGUUGACAGUUUCCACAGGGUGAGUCUCCACUAUGGUAUCAUGUGCUUGAAGCGCUUGAACUACGACAGGAAGGAGCUGGAGAGGAGGAGGGAUGAGAGUCAACAUCAGAACCAAGAUGUGAUGGUGUGGUCCAAUGAGCGAGUGAUGUGCUGGGUGCAAUCUAUUGGUCUCAAAGAGUUUGCAGACAACCUAUUAGAAAGCGGGGUCCACGGGGCCCUCCUGGCGUUAGAUGACACCUUUGACUUCACUGACUUGGCCCUUCUUCUUCAGAUACCCAAUCAGAACACACAGGCAAGGCAGCUCCUAGAGAAGGAGUACAAUGCCCUCAUCUCCAUGGGAACAGAGAGGAGGCCAGAUGAGGAUGGCACGAAAACAUUUACACGGUCACCAUCAUGGAGGAAGAUGUUCAGAGAGAAGGACCUCCGCGGUGUGACCUCUGAUUCCUCAGAAACAUUACCUGCCAACUUCCGUGCCUCCGCCAUCUCUACCCCUUCUGUCACCCUGAGAAAGGUCCAGAGUGAAGUAAACUCUGGUCCAAGAGGAGAGUCGGGGUCAGUGAGAACGUAUUCCUGCUAAAAGAUAAGCACACCAGAACCCCACCUCCAUCCUAACCCAA